AUGGCCCACCUGGGAGCCCAUUUUGCCUUUAGAUCCCACUGGCAGAAGACCGACGCUGAACUCUGUCGACACAGCAUGUCCUUUAUCCUUCACAAAGCCAUUCGCAGUGACUUCUUUCAGAGUUAUCUCUACCUGCUGGAAAAAAUUCCCCUGGUGAAAUUGUAUGCAUUACAAGUCAUCAAUGGUGAGAUGCAGUUUUAUGCCAGAGCUAAACUUUUCUACCAAGAAGUACCUGCUACAGAAGAGAGUAUGAUUGGAAAUUUCAUUGAACUGUCUAACCCAGAUGUCCAGGCUUCUCAGGAAUUUCUUAGGAAAUUUGUUGGGUGCCCUGGGAGGGCUGGGACAGACUGAGCCUUGGAUUGCGGCUCUGGGAUAGGAAGGGUCAGCAAGCAUGUCUUGUUGCCGGUUUUCAACAGCAUGGAACUGGUGGACAUGAUGGAAUCGUUCCUUCUUGAAGCCCAGAACUACCUGCAGGUCAAUGGGGACAAGGUAAAAAGGUACCACUGCUACAGCCUGCAGGAAUUUACACCCCCAUUGGGCAGAUAUGAUGUCAUCUGGAUUCAGUGGGUCUCAGGAUACCUGACCGAUAAAGACCUUCUUGCAUUUCUUUCCCGGUGCCGAGCUGGCAUGAAAGAAAAUGGUGUCAUCAUACUGAAGGACAGCGUGGCCCGGGAGAGCUGUCUCUUCGAUCUCUCUGACAGCAGUGUGACUUGGGACAUGGACAUCCUCCGGAGCCUCAUUAGGAAGAGUGGGCUGGUGGUGCUGGGCCAGGAGAAGCAGGACAACUUUCCAGAACAGUGCAUCCCAGUGUGGAUGUUUGCAUUGCACAGUGAUGGACACUCCUGA